AUGCCGAAUCUGACGAAUGCCGCACGACAUGCGCCACUGGAGCCACUGGUAGCCAAGCAUCGACGCAAGGCUAGCUAUGACACCAUGAGCGAGCUGCUACCUGAGAUCGAAACCGAGCAAGUUGGGGAAAUGGGCACUUUUGGGGUGAUUCAGAGAUACUUCGACAGCCAGACGAGUGGUCCAGUGUCUGUAUCGAAGGCGAUCUGCCACGCCUACUCACCAGACCCACGAGAUGUUCCCCUCCCAGUUUCGCCUGAGCCUACUCUUCCGAAGUCGACCAGAGAGCCUAUCGAGAUCUAUGCCAUUGGUGAACCAGAUCUGCAUGAGCCACCGCCAGCAGUACCCGAUCGAAGUCCAAAGCGACUCACGAACCCAAGCUUCCCAACCCAGAUCGAGCCGGCCAUCUCCACGCAUGACGAGUUUGUCUUCGUAGAUGAGGAGCAACAUUCAAUGUGUGAUGACGACAAACAACUGGAGGGUGAUCUCCACGUUCCGAAGAAGCGAGUCUCAAAACGCCUUGACGUAGGACAAGCUGGCCGCGUAGGUUCCUCGCAGGUAGGACGAUUGGCGCCACCAAUUCUCAGCCACGAUGCACUGACAGCGAGUGCUGAUCUUGGUCUGAAUGAUCUCAGCUACCACCUGAAACAUACUGGACCAUCUACAGACCCUCAGUCUACGGCCUCACCGCGUAAGCAAAUGAAGCUGUUCAAAGUCAAACAGCGCAAGACUCUGGCUGCUCGCGUCGGAUCCGUGGAAGGCUCUCCUCAGCGAGCACGCAGACAGGCGCCUAUACCGACGUGCGCCCGCGAGAUGACCACGUCUGGAGGCGCGCGACAUCUUAGGAUCGUCAUACCGACCGAAAGCCCCCGCAACACUCAGGUGAUUGCUGUUCACCCAUCCCAACCUCCGAAACAACGACGUUCCCGACAUAUCGCCAUCACAUUUGACGAGGAGAUGCUGAACCCUCUCGCCAGCCCGAAAGUAGAGCGUAUAAUGGCCAGCCAUGGGCGUCGUUCGUUCUCCGAGCCGGCUCCUGUGUCGCCGCGGAGCCCGAAGAGGCUACCCAAGUCACCAAAGUCAGUGCCUGUUGAUGACCAUCCACUAGCGGUAUCGCCCGCACGGUCAAAUCGAGAAGAUCAGACGAGAGCUCGGAAGCUGCGAGACUUGCAGCGCAUCAAGCGCAAGCCAUUGCCGACGUAUCAACAGAAAGAGCAGCAUGUCGAGCCGGUUGCUGGAGCAUUACCGACGCCAGCUCACACACCAGAACCUCUGUCAGAUUCAGUCGCGAUUGACAGUGGCCAUGACGACGUUGCCGAGGAAGAGAGUUCGGUCAGCAAGAUGGCACGGUUGCAGGAGAGGGCCAUGUUGCUGCAGAGACAGAACAUGGAGCUCACAGAGGCUCUGGCGAAGAUUGUGGGGCUCGAGCUUGAAGAUGGAGAUCUGAAGCCGGAGGACGUGCUAAGAGCAGUCAGGCAGGUCAAGUUCUCGCGAUAA